AUGCUGAAGAACCCAUUUGACUCGGUCACCUUUGGUAGCUCGCUCCUGCUUCGUGUGGACGGGGCCAUUGGCGCCAUGUCACUAUCCCCCAACGGCAGAGACGCCGUCUUGGCCGGCCGUAGAGGGCUUUUUAUCAUCGAUCUCGAUGAGCCGUUUACCACUCCUCGGUGGCUCCAUCAUAUAACUUCAUGGGAAGUCGCCGACGUCCAAUGGUCGCCUCAUGCCGGUGCUAAACCGUCGUGGUGCAUCUCCACCUCCAACCAGAAGGCGUUGCUAUGGGACCUUUCACGUCCGUCUGACAGUGCUAUUGUCAAUGUGCUCCACGAACAUACCAGAGCCAUUACAGACAUUAAUUUCCACCCUUCAGACCCCGAGAUCUUUGCCACCUGUGCAAUUGACACGUUUAUUCUCAGCUGGGACAUGCGUACGCCGCGGAAGGCCGUCCAACAGUGGGCUGAGUGGAGGGCUGGUGCUACCCAAGUCAAGUGGAAUCACAAAAACCCCUAUGAAAUCGCAUCGAGCCAUGACCAUUCGUUCUAUAUAUGGGAUACCCGGAAGGGGGCGUUCCCGGUGUUAAGGAUCGAGGACGCUCAUGGCGGGAAAAUCAAUGGGAUCAACUUUACCGACGGGGUGAGCAAUAUAAUCACCUGUUCGAACGACCAGCUGAUCAAGUUCUGGGAUCUUUCGAACUUUCAAGGGACGCUGGACGCCAUUGAGGGAGCCAGUGGUGGCUUUAGCCCGUCUAUCAUCGUGCAGACCGACUUCCCCGUCGCCAGAGCCAGAACCUUACCGUUUGGUUCAGACAAAUCGUGUGGAGUAAUGCCGUUGCGAAACGGACAGGACUCGAUUCACAUAAUAAAUUUUGACGCUGCCAUGGAAAGGUAUACAAACACAAAGGAGACGCAACUACUUGAGUUAGAUCCCAUCUACUCGUUCAAGGGUAACAGUGGGCCCAUGAAAGACUUUUUGUGGAGAACCCGUCACGAGCACUACGAAGGGUUCGACACCAAGAGAACCUGGAAAGACUACCAAUUGGUGACAUGGUCAUCGCUGAACUACGACUUGAAGUUGUGGCCUCAUGAUGAGGAACUAUACAGAAAGGUCAACUACAACCCCCUUGUGCAAAAAGCAUUUAAACAGCUUCCUUUAAUAGCAUCCCCAGAACCCGAUUCCAAUUCUCGAACAAGCUCCCUGCUGGCGCUAGUGACGUCGGAUCUGCAUAACUACAAUACCUACUGCACGGAGCCACCGUUGACGUUGACCAAUAUAUUGUAUAAGAACAAAGGAGACUUGCUUUCGUCCAUGACGAUGUUCCAAAUUGCCAAAAAGCACAAACACUUACCUACUGUACCGUCUCAAUUGAACCACUUGGCAUGGAUAUCAGGGGUAAGAAUGGGUCGGAACAACGAACAGGCCGAUAAAAUGGAAAAUGAUGAUCCCACCCCGUUGAAUUUGGGGGAAGAAGUGACAUUUGUGGCCCAUAUGUUUCCCAAGGUCAGAUUCGAAAAGAUCUCAGUGUCUACGGGAGAGUUAAUUUUGAGUUUGCGGGGCCCAUUACCGGCCGUCGAGUCUUCUUCUACGGUGACCGAUGUCCAAGAAGAAAAGGAUGAUACCAAAGCCAUCAACGAAAAUACUUCGUCCGAAGCACCGAAUUUGGAGAACCCCAGUUCUAGUACAGAAAACCCCGAUCCCACGGACCCCAAAGACACUCUACAGAAGGAAGAGGAGACAGAACAAUUUCCAGACCAGGAAAAUGAACAGAAGUUGGUGUUUAUCAGACUCGAAAUCACUUUCCCUCGAAGUUAUCCUUAUUUGGAUGAUGUGCCAUUGAGCUCUAAUAUGACCAAGAAGUUCCAGAAGAACAACUUUAUUUCUUUCAACAUCGAAGAGACCUACGACUUGACUUCAGACAUCAAACAGGAGAUGGUGAGGAACUUGACAGAUAUUGCACUUUUCUUCAGCAACAGGCACCAGAGGUUCUGUUUGGAACCAUUGUUGAGGUACUUAAUGGGAGACAAGAUCGCAUUGGACGACUCGUUGAUUGCGAACACUCCCUUGAAUGAAGAAACCGAGAUCAUCCAGGAGGUUGGAAACGAAGACUGGGCCGAUGAUCUUAUCGACCAACAGCCCAGUGAUACGAUUCCUACCGAUGAUGACGAUGAUUUUGAUGACCAGCUCUCCGAUUUCAUGCCGGCAUUGAAUGACGAAGAAAUGGUCAAUAGUACCGGAUCGUUAGGUAAAGAUAGUGGUGAAGACCCUGCUACUUUGGCUCUUGAAGCUAGUGUCAACGACGAAGUUGGCAAUGCCAAUAAGUUCUACGACUCUACACCUGUUCCCAAGGGAUGUGGGGCUUACUGGGCCCGUAAUGGAAAAUUGGUAUGCUUUUUCAUUCCUAAGGAUACUGAGGAAGAGGAUAGCAAAGCCCUUCAGAAGUUCAGUAUAUUUAGGUUUACUGAUGCUGGAUUCAGCGUGAACACUGCCAAUGGUGACGGUGACGACGAAGACGUUUUGGAUAAGACAGACAAAGCAGGAACUGAUACGGACAAUGAAAGCGAGUUCAGUGAGGAAAGCGACAGUUCAACGACGUCAAGCGACAGUUUCGUAGAUGAAUGGGAUGACAUCGACGAAGAUGAUUUGGCUUCGAGAUUCAGAGUUCCUGGGUUGUUUAAGACUUCGGUGGGAUUGGGAAAUCGGUACGUUUCGAGAACUAGAAACAUGAAUAGGCCCAAUAAGAAUAGCCAAGGUGGUACGGCAUCCAACUACAAAUCCUCUUUGCCUGGAGGUGAUCUGGAUUUCCAGUCGUCCAAGAAGAGGAAGAACAAAUCCAACAAAAAAGCUAAGAAUAUAGUCGGCGUGUUUGACUUCAGUCACCUCAUCCCAGAUAAGAAGGAGUUGGCCCAAGAGUAUAGAGUAUUGGGAGAUUCCCCUGAAAAGCUCGCUAAGUAUAACAGCCAGGUAGCAUUGAAGUACGGGUUGACAGAGAUCUGUGAUACUUGGAGACUCCUCGAGAUGAUUCUUAUAAAAGAUAUCGAGAUCAACGAUAUUCACCCAGUGUACCACUCGUCAGCUGUGAUUCAGAAGUCGAACUCAAACUCGACAAUUGCAAAGAAUGUCGAGGCAAUGAACCAUCUCCUCAAAAUAAACGAAAUCACCAAGAAGUUUUUUGGUGAUCAGACCUAUAGGUUCUACUGGGGAAGCCAUCCGUAUGGGUACUCUUGGUUGGUGAAAGAGAUGUUGAACUAUUUUGAACGCAGAGGUAACUUGCAAAUGAUUGUAAUGAUCUCGUGCAUUCUUUAUGAGAACACAAAGAACGUCUCUUCUAACAAGGACAUCUUCAACAUCCCCAUUCAUACUCCAUAUGAAAUCAAGCCCCAGCCUCCGUCAAUGGCUCAAAUAAGGAAGUUCAACGAAUCAUUCAACAAUAAGUUGGAGAGAAACUUCUCUUUCCACGAAUCAUUAAGUACAGAAUUGUCUGAUCCAAAGAUCGAGAAUUUCUACGAUAUUCCUCGACACAAGAACUCGUCAGUGCUGGUGAUCAGAAGAGAGACUCCAGCAAGAUAUGCCCGGUCAAUUGGCUCUGACGAGUUUAUCAAAGAUGAAUCACCCGAACAUCAAGGUUCAAGACACAAUCUGAGCCUUUCCAAUGCCAUUGCUCCCACCGACAGCUUUUUGCGCAAAAGCUUCACCAUGAGUCCAACUGUUGAAAUUGAAAUGCGAUCCAGAAGAGGUACCGAAUACAGAAAACCUAAAGGAAUUGCCCUGAACGUCAACAACAGAAAAAUCAGCAGAAAGGGUUCAGCGAGGCCUCCACCAGUGGUGAACAUCGAGUUCCAAAACGUCGACAGUCUUGACCUCUUCGAUGACCUCUACACCAAAUCCUUGUUGAGUUUGCAGGAAGACAAAAAGAUCAAGAUGUAUAGGGAACAAUACGCUGAGAUGUUAUACUGUUGGGGCUUACCUGCGAAUAGAAUCAAGAUUUUGAAAUUCAACUAUCCGAAUCCAGAAAAGGCUAAUUCCAAGUUUGAAGAGCACCGGUGUUCGUUUGGAUUCCGAGAGAAAGCCAAAACCUUGACGGGUGUUCCAUAUGUGCAUCUGAACUCGACAAUCGACUCAUCAAAGGAAAAUCCAUGGAAUUUGAAUAAAGCCAACCAAUUGAAGUAUUGCAACUUAUGCAACCUUUUGGUAAGUAAGAGGCUUGUAGUGUGCACCAACUGUGAACAUGUUUUGCACUCUAGUUGUGCUUUGGAGUGGUGGUCGGAAAACGAAGAACAGGAGUGUCCAAGUGCAUGUGGAUGUAAGUGUUUGAACUACCGGAUAUAG